GCGACGGGGUCAUGCCGCAGCGUGCUCGAGGGCCAUACACACUGGGUCAAGGCCGUCGCCUUCUCGCCAGACGGCCAGCUGGUCGCCUUCUCGCCAAACGGCCAGCUGGUCGCCUUCUCGCCGGACAGCCAGCUGUGUGGGUGUGGGAGGCGGCGACGGGGUCGUGCCGCAGCGUGCUAGAGGGCCAUGCAGACUUCGUCAACGCCGUCGCCUUCUCGCCGGACGGCCAGUAUAUUCAAACAAGUCGAGGAGAUACUCCUUUACAUUCUCCUUCCAACUCAUCGCCCUCAUCCCAAAGAGAGCAGCUGUCUCAUAUCUUCAUACAAGACCAGUGGAUCACUCUAGAUCAACAGCGGUUACUAUGGCUUCCUCCUGAAUAUCGACCGACUUGCUCUAUAGUUAAAGAAGACUUAGCCUGUUUAGGCCAUUCUUCAGGUCGUAUUACACUUCUUCAACUUUGUAGUAUCACCCUUUCUAUGCUGAGUAAUAGACAAGGUACUACCAUCGUGUGGGCGGAGUCUUGCGGGGUAAAAGUCUUGAGGUCACAAUGUGAUCACUUCUUGCAGGAAACUAGAAACUUACGAUACCACACGGUGGUGCGAGAGACACGGACGUUACACACUGUUUCUGGGCUUCCUGAGAUGAAUGAUGGGUUUGGAUAUGAUCUGAAACCUGGGGGCCUUGGAUAUUAUGUGAAGAGCUUAAUUGCAGCUAUCGCCUUCCACAAUCUCAGAAUUGAACAAUCUCCGCGACUAUAUUGGCAAGAUUGUGUCAAAAUUGAGCCCUCUAGAGCCUCUAGUAACACCACUAUCCAACCCCUGAGUACCCUAAGGGCUUGGCACGGGGUAUAUAGGCUCCUCGGCCUCCGUACCUCUGCCUCCGACCCUAAGGUUUACUCUCGUUACCCCCCUAUCCUGCAUUACCUCUCUGCCGUUUUAAUUCACUCUUUCCGUAAGAACGAAACCCUAUUGCCGCCAGUAACGCCUUAA